GCAGAGCUAUGGGGACUGUAGAGGAAAGUUUGAAGUGUCCCGUCUGCCAGGAUUUCUUCACAGAUCCAGUGACGCUCCCAUGUGGACAUGACUUCUGUCUCACCUGUAUCCAGGCUGUCUGGGAAACUGAUGGGCCUAAUGAAGGUCCUUUCUUCUGCCCAGAGUGUCAGAUACUCCUCUCCGCUGACCUCACUCUGGAGAUAAACACCAGUCUUCAAACCAAAGUAAAGGACUUCACCACUAACAAGCAAUCAACAGCACAGCUACAGACAACAACUCCAAGCAGGGCAACCAAAUCAUCCUCAACUAUCCACUGUGACCACUGCAUAGAGACGCCAUCAGUGGCCAUAAGGACCUGUCUGACCUGUGACGCCUCCCUGUGCCAGGCUCACGCCCUUCUGCACGAGCAGAGGUCUGCUCUGAGGGAGCACACAGUUGUGGAGGUGACGGGAGACCCACUGUCUCUGAAGUGCAGGGAGCACCGUGAUGAGCUUAAGCUCUUUUGUAUGGAGGAAAAGGUCCCUGUGUGCUGUUUGUGUGUCCUGGUUGGGAUGCACAAGAACCACAAAGCAUCUCAACUCCAGGAAGCCUGUGCACACUUCAAGAGUGUGUUAGAGACCACUAUGAACCAACUGCUGAAGAGGAGAAGUGAGGCAGAACUUGCCAUUAAGGACUUGGAGUCACUGUAUACACAAACAGUGAAGUAUGCUGCAGAUUUCAGAGAGAGAAUCUCAGACAAGUACAGCAGGAUCCGCGUGGUUCUGGAUGGUGAUGAGCGUCUGAUGAUGCAGAUUAUAGAUGCAGAGGAGGCAUACAUGACAGAGUGGCUAGAAACCCAGAGGGGCAUCAUGGAGGCCCAGAUCAAAGAGAUAGAUAGCCUCAGAGCCUCCAGCAAAUCACUCCUCCAGGACACAAAUGAUCUCCGAUUCCUGCAGCAAAUCACAGCAGAAAAUCUUUGUGAACCCUUGGAUCUAGCACCUAUCCAGGAAGUAGACAGGGAACUGUGUGAGCCUGAGAAACUGAGAACAGUAGAGAAGCUGGUGGACGACCUUUCUGUGGCUCUGUCCCAACACUUUCCACGAAUGUGGUCAUAUCUAAGUUCUCCUGCUCUGGACUCUAAGACAGCCCAUCCAAAACUGGACAUAUCCCAAAACAAGAAACAAGUGUACUGGAGAAGACAGCCUAUCAGUGAGGCUCUGAGCCCUCAGCCAUAUGACUCCCAGUACAGUGUUCUGGCUCAGGAGAGUUUUACUACUGGCCAGCACUACUGGGAGGUCAUAGUCCAGGAGAAACCCUACUGGCUGAUAGGUGUGACCACUGGGCCAGCCGAUAAAAAAGAUGGAUCACACCAGAGUCCCUCCAGCCUGGGUGUGAACAACACAUCGUGGUGCAUCUACCACGGAGAUGGGCAGUACCUGGCAUGUCAUGAUACCCAGGAAAAGCAACUGUCAGUGGGAAAGAGAGUCAGAAAGCUGGGCAUACUGGCUAAUCUCCAGAAGGGGGAGCUGUCAUUCUACGAUGCUGAUGCUAUGACCCUGCUCCACUCUUUCUGUGUGCAGUGCACAGAGCCUCUCUACCCCAUGUUAAACCCAUGCAUUGAUGUGAAUGGACUGAACAAGCAGCCUCUUACCUUGUUUUGGAUUAAGGACACCUGGGACUGGCAUGUAUUCACAGAUGGAGGUAAAGAGUGAACUCAGAGGACAACUUUAAAUGAUUCACUGAUCAAACUCUAAAUUCUCUUCACACAAUAUCUUUCCAUGUUUAUUUCAUUUUUGUUUACAUUAAAUUACAUGGUGGAGAUGUCAAACAUGCUGUAAAAGAUGUGUUCCAGUCAAGAAUUAAGCUGUUGAUAAAGAAAAUUAUUGGUGAAGAGAGAUAGUUAACUUUUUUUUCUAUAGUCAUAGUUGUUCCUAUAUUAUCUUUCCUGUGUAGUUGUCAUGUAACAGUAAAUAUUUCAUCGGGUAUCGGGUCCAGAACUUUUGUUCUGCAGUAAAGUCUAGCUAUUCGUUCAGCAGCUUCAGCAGCUCUCAUGUUCAACCCGAUGUAGUUCAGGAAGUAAGUGACCCGUGUGUAAACUACUGGCUUGUUCUUUGUACAGUUGUCCCCUCA